UCAAAGACGUUGCUAGUCCGGAACAGAGAUGAAGGCACGAAGAAAAACGAAACGAGCCUCAACAGAAUGAAGUUUCCAACCUUUACAGUUUGGGACCGAUUUCCCAUUGUUGCAUAUCAUAUGAGGGGGGAAGCUGCUAUUUGGUUUAGGGACCUUGAACGAUUUGCGUUACUUGGGAGUUGGGAUUCAUUUGUUCGAAACCUGAAGUACCAGUUCCGAAAGGAAAUACAAGACGAAGAGGAAGCAGACCAAAAGUUGCAACAAAAGAUUCUACAGAGGCAGGUUGAUGAGGAAUUACGCCAGGCGAUGGAGAAAUUGAGUGAGUGCUUCCGCAAAUGGGACAAGGGUGCUGCGAUUUUGCACGAUGUUGCACAAGAAGCUGCAUUCGAAAUUCCUAAUUCACUGAAGAGCAACGGCCAGCAGCCAGUGACCUGCAAGUUGGACAAUGUUCUUCAGCCUAUGCGCGAACUUGUGCAUGAAUUUGAGAACAAUGAAGCACUACACGAGCAAAUUGAAAAGGUAGAACCGGAUCAGAGUCUCUUGGAACGAAUAAGCAGAUCAAGAACUUACCGACCCCACUAGGAGCUGUCGACGAUCAAAAGGCUGAGAGUUUCAUAUACCUCAACCCAAACGGUGUUCUACAAGAUGUUAGAGAAGAAUGCAUUACAUAUUUGUCCCUGGCGAUUCGGGCAAUAGAAGAAUGGCCUCUGAUGAUGGAGACGAAGCAGAAGGAGCCGAUUGAAAUCUGGAGCUCAUUGGGUGUCGACAACGCGCAAAAUCACGAAAUCAUGAAAUCCAGAAUGGCGAAAUGUAACCAGCAUAAUCAAGAUAUACAUAACGAAGAAAAUUGUUAGAGCAAAACUUUCUGGAAAUUCUUUUCAGACAAGGAGGAACAUUCUGGUACUGCAGAGAAUGUGUUUGAUAUACAGCUCAAACGAAAUUUGGAGGAAUAUUUGGUUGGCUUGAGACACCGCUGGCGUUGGAAGAUUACGGAAAGAAUAAAGCCCAAAAAGCUCAAGAAGGAAGAAGAAACGAGGACACAGAAUUCCAAUCCAGUUUGGUGCUACAAGAAAGCUUUGUGUCAAAGUCAUCAGGUCUGUACAUGCCAUUUGGGUUUUUGAUCCAGGAGGAGGAAACAAACCAAGAGACAGAACAAGAAGAAAUGGAGGAGAAGCAUAGUUAAGGUUCUGUUGUCAUCCCCAUGAUUGUUAACAUACAGCUAAUUGAUCGAACAUUCAGAUUUUGAGAAAAUUAUUAUCUGGAAUUUAUUAAAAUUUGUCCCCUCGAUCGUUGGAAAAUUAU